GCCUGGCCCGAGACGCCCCGGAGUUCUUAGCAUGCAGAGUGCCGUGUUCUUUGCUCUCCAGCACAACUGCGCACAAAUGGAGCGGACUGGUGGCAGCAAAGAAGAGAAGAAAGGGAAGAUGAAGAGAACGAUCGUUAAAGAUUGGAAAACAAGAUUGAGCUAUUUCCUGCAAAAUUCUUCCACUUCUCGCAAAACAAAGCCCAAGAAAAAGGGAAAACAACAUGCUUACUUCAGGCCUUCUCCUGAAGAAGCCCAGCUGUGGUCAGAAGCUUUUGAUGAACUUCUAACUAACAAAUAUGGUCUUGCAGCCUUCCGAGCUUUUUUGAAAUCAGAGUUCUGCGAAGAGAACAUCGAUUUCUGGCUAGCGUGUGAAGACUUCAAGAAAACAAAGUCACCACAAAAGCUGACAUCCAAGGCAAAAAAGAUCUUCAAUGACUUCAUUGAAAAGGAGGCUCCCAAGGAGAUAAACAUAGACUUUCAGACCAAGAACCUGAUUGCCCAGAAUAUUCAGGAAGCUAACCACACCUGCUUCAGUGCAGCACAGAAAAGAGUCUACAGCUUGAUGGAGAAUAACUCUUAUCCACGAUUUUUGGAGUCUGAAUUCUACCAAGAACUGUGUAAAAAGCCACUGAUUACCAAGGAGCCCCAAGGAACAUGAACUCUGAAGGAAGGGGAAGAGGAAAACUCUGCUUCAGGUGUUAAUGAAGAGAAGUCCACCUAACCUGGCAACUUCAGACCUGAAAGAUGAAAAUACUUGAAUAUACAGCAGGUUGCCCAGAUAUAACGGAAAAUACGGACAAAAAUAUUGACUCUAGCAGCUUAGAGUUGAGUGGCAAAUAGUGAUGUUGGCUGCCAAAGACUGAGAAAGUGAAGUUGUUGGCCAGUUGCCAGGACGGCUACAUUUUCCAGUGCAGUAAAAAAGCUUGCAUUAAUUGAAGCACCGAGUAUUGUCAGACCCUGAUUCUGUAGGUCAGGUUUAAAUCUGCCUUUGUUGUAUGAGGAAGCAAGCUCUGAGACAUCCCUGCGUAAUCAAACAUUUCUGGGAAUUUAGACUAGUGUUGAGCAGUUUAAUUAGUUACCUAUUUAUUUUUUUCUAAGCAACAACCAGUGGUAUAUUAUCAUCACACACUAUUUCUUAAUACUGGUUCAGCUGAUCAAAGACUUCCCAAUACAAAUAAAUGCUUCAGACCUGCCAUGUGACUUCUAGACAUGAAUACCACUGUCACAGCAUAAUCCAGAUAGAUAGAGGGGGAUGCAUUUACAUCUUGUGUCAGAACGUGCCGAGUUGCUAAGUAUAGAGGACCAAAUUCUGUCACUGCAGUGAUACGUGAGGUGAACUGGCAGAAUUUGGCCUAUUCAAACGAAUUGUUAUGAUGUUAUGUUAGACUAAGGCUGUGUUGAACACACUCCUGUAUGUCACGAAGACAGACAAACUUCAGUGAAGUUGUCUUUUUGAAUACUUGUUUAUAAUAAAUUAUUUUGAUACAA